AUGAUAAGUAUGCCAACACCAGAGUUAAUUGAUCAAGUUGAACGUUCUUUUCUAUGUUCAUCAACGGAUAAAAAUGAUCUAUUACGUGUUCCAUUACUUGAAGAAUUUGAAAAUGAAAUGAAAAUAUACGAAGCUUGUCGAAAUGAUCUGGAAGCAUUACAAGAUUAUUGGGAUGUAAAUUGGGUACGAAUUGAUUUACGACCAAUUAAACAAACAUUAUCAAGUUUAGCACAUAAAUGGUUAUGGAAAUUUUGUGAAUAUAUUCAUAAUCAGACCAAACAAUCGUUAGAUGAAUUGGACGUAUUUCUAAAACAAAUGGAACCUGAGAUUGAAAGUAUAACUGGACUUGAACGUGAUACAGCAACAUUUAUGAAAAUAAUGAGAUUAUUUAACUCGGUUUCAUCAAAACAACAAGAAGUUGAAGUUAAAUUUGAAUUGAUGCGUCGUACAUUAUCUAUAUUAAAAACAUAUUCUCCAUCAGAUACAACCGAAUUAAAUAGUCUAUAUAAUUCAACAAUUCAACGUUGGCAAAAUUUAAAAACAAAAGUUAUGCAAGCAAAACAAAGAUUAGGACCAACAUUACAAGAAGAAUCAACUAUUAUAACAAAAGACUUAGAAAAAUUUGCAUCUCAUAUUGAACAAUUACGUGUCGAUAUGUCAUUAUCAAGAAUUUUUUCAUAUAAAAUUCUUUAUGAUGAUUGUCAAGAUUUAUUAAAUGAUUAUCAAAAUCGUUACAAACAAUUGGAUAAACAAGCAGCCGAUUAUAAACAAUUACAAUCACUAUUAAAUGUGAAUAUUGUCGAUUUUACAAAGUUAAAUGAUGUUAGAGAUACACUAAGAAAUUUAAGAAUGACAUGGAAAACAGUACGAGAUAUUCGUCGCCAUUUUGAACAUAUUAAAAAUGAACAGUGGCAACGUUUGAAUAGUAAAGAAGUUUUAGCAUCGUGUGACAAAGAUAAUGAUCAAUUAAUCAUGUUACCAAAACUAGUCCGAAAUUGGGAAGUAUACACCGGAACUGAAGAUGAAAUUAAACGAAUUAAAAUUUGUGCUCAAUUACUCGAUGAUUUAUCAAAUCCAGCACUUCGUACACGUCAUUGGAAACAACUUAUUCGUUUAACUGGUGGAAAUAGUCUCAUGGAUAGCGAUUCAUUUAGACAAUUGACAUUCGGACAGUUAUUUAAACUAGGAUUUCAAGAUCAUGCUGAGGAUAUACGAGCAACGGUGAAACGUGCUGAAAAAGAUUUUCAAUUAGAAACAACAUUAAAAUCUUAUGAAGAAAUAUGGUUAAGUAAAACAUUUGAAUUAAUAUUAUUUGGUAAAUAUACGGCACCAAAAGUGGGAACACCGAACACAGAUAGUAAAUCCAUAGCCGAUACAAAACAAAACUCUCUUACCGAACCAUCAAGACAUUCAGCAGUGACAUCAGUAUCGAAAACUAUUGUCAAAAGUCGUGCAAGUAUUGGUUCAUUAUCACAAUCAUUACUUAAUAUCGAUACAAAUUUGUCUGAUCGUUUAUAUUUAUUAUCUGAUUUAAAAUCAUUAUUUGAAGAAAUUGAAGAUCAUCAAUUAGUUUUAGAAAUGUUACAAACAAAUCAAUCGGCUGGAUCAUUUUUAGAUGAAAUUGCAAAAUGGCAGCUAAUAUUACAAAAUAUUGAAGCUGUACUUAAAGAAUGGAAUUAUGUACAAAAAUUAUGGUUAGAAUUAGAACCGAUCUAUACCGAUCAUACAAUUCAAACUCAACUAUCAUCUGAGACACCAAAAUUUGUUAGAUGUGAUCGAGAUUUUAAAGCAUUAAUGGUGUCAGUCGGAAAAAAUAACAAUGUUCUAAAAUGUUGUCAAAAAAAAAAUAUUCUAAACAUGUUAAAAUAUUUGUCUAGUCAAUUUGUUAAAUGUCAAAAUGCUUAUAUAUUAUAUUUAAACCAAUCCAAACGAAAUGUAUCAAGAUUUUAUUAUCUGUCCGAUGAUGAAUUAUGUCAAUUACUUACAUGUGUGAAUGAUAUACGAUCAAUUGGAUUUCCAUUAUCAAAAGUCAUACCGGGAAUUGGACAAAUUAUAUUUUCAAACGAAACGAGUAUUACUAAGGAAGAAGCCAUCGGUUAUAUCACAUACGACGGAAAUGAAAAAGUCCUUUUCUCACAAAAAUUACUAUUUGAAAAUAAUGUAGAACAAUUUGUCGAGAAACUCGUUGGUCAAGUGAAAUUGUCAAUAAAAGAAGCAAUCGAUCGUUGUAUUAAUGAUCUGAUGAUUCCUGGUGAAAAACAAACAUUUAAUUUUAUAAAUUGGUUGUUCGAUAAUCCAGGACAAGCUGUUGUUCUCACAUUAAAGAUUCUAUUUACAACAUUAAUUGAAAAUGCCCUAAAUAAAACACAACAGCAAGAUUUAGAGAAAUUAUCGUCAUUUGCCAAUCAAAUUCUAGGACAAUUAAGCGAAAUAUUACGUCGAACAUCGAUGCAACAAAAUGCAGCUGUUGUAUCAAUAACGACUGAAACAACAUCGAAAGUUGAAGAAAAAACUGAUAAAAAUCCAGAUCAAGAAAAUUCAGACAUGAUACAACCACCUCCAACAGCAACUACAGAUGAACUAGUAAAAGAGAAUAUUCAACUCGAUAAUCGAUAUUUAUUAUUAACAAGACAACAAAUUGAUAAAUUAUUACAAAUACUUAAUUUGAUUUCAUCCUACAUUGUUCAAAUACGUACAAUGAAUGAAAAUCAAACAGUUAAAAUUGAUUCAUACGAAUGGCUAGUGACAUUACGCUAUUAUCACAAUCAAAAUGAUAAACAAAUUAAUAUCAAGUGUUUUCAAAAAACAAUGGUUUAUAAUAACGAUCUAUGUUCAAAUGUAUCCGAUUUAUUUACACCAAAUGAAUACAAUUUUAUUGCUCCUCUAUUUCUUAGUAUUGGUUUGCCGGCAGGCACAUUAGUAUUCAACAAUAAUGGUCGAUAUUUAAUUGAUCUGUUAUCGGCUUGUGUUGGUCGAUCAACAUUUCAUUUACAGUGUAACAAUAAUACAACUUCUCAAACAAUUGUAAAUUAUUUUCAAGGAUUAUGCUUGAGCGAUGAUUGGACAUGUUUUAAUAGUUUAAAUCAUUUAUCUUAUGUUUCUUUAUAUUCAUUUUGUCAAUUAUCAUCACUGUUGUACACAGCAGUUGUUAAACAAGAAAAAUCAUUUGAUUUUAUGAAUGCUAAGAUUAAUCUUUCACAAACACAACAACAAAAUUAUUUUUCAACAUUUUACUCUACUGGUGAUGAAUCACUAACAUUAAAAUCUCAAUCAAGUUUUGUGUUGGAAACAUUUCGUAUUGUGUCAAUAAUUCAACCAAAUUAUGAACAUAUCACCUAUUGUUAUUUGUCAUCGUAUGGUUUCCAGCAUUCAUCAGAAUUAUCAAAACAAUUAAUUAAUUUGUUAACAUAUGCCGUACACACUGUUACUGAUAUGAUUCAAGAAAAUAGUGCUGAAGGUUUGAUAUUACCAAAAGUAGAGUUGAAUCCUCAAUUAUUAAAAAUGAUUGUUCAGUUUGCUUAUGGAUAUCUUUCAAAGUCUGACGAUUCACAAAAUCGAGAACAAAUUGAACAAGAUGCACUUGCAUUAAGUUUAAUGAAUAUGACAAAUUUUUCUAAAUGUACAAAUUUAAAUUCAAGUUUAUUUAUUAAAAAAUUGAUCAGACAAACAUGGCCACAUAUAACGAAAAAAUUUAUUGAUGAACAAGAUAUUGGAACAACAAAUGAAUUAUUACCAUUUUAUGUAACAACGCGUCGUGGAACAGAAUUUAAAGUAUGGAAUAUAUCCGAUGCCAUUGAGUUGGCAUUAGAAGAUAAUAAAUACAAUCCAAAUACCGAUAUGUGUACAAAAAUAUUGCAACUCUAUGAGCUAGUGAAUAAACACGAUCAGAUUCUUGUUGUUGGUAAAAGUGAAUAUGGAAAAUCUGCGUGUAUUAAAACAUUAUCAAAGGCAAUGAAUUAUAUCAAUGGUAAAAUUCAUUAUCAUCAAAUAAUGAUUCAAUUAUGGUCCGAAAAAGAAUUAUUUUCAUCUUAUAAUAAUGAUACGGGUCUUUGGCAUCGUGGACUUUUAUCUUGUCUACUAAAUUCGACACGAUCAACAUCAUUAAAUCAGAAUCAAUCAAAACAUGAACAACAUACAAAUAAAUUAAAUAGUGGUGAAACAGAAACAUUAUUAAUUCAUAUGGAUGGAAUAGAUGUAGAUAAUUCAAAUAUGAUGGAACAUUUUUUUGUUGAAAAUAAAUUAGAAUGUCCAAAUGGAGAUCGAACACGAAAAGAAUAUGGAACAAAAUUAUUUUGGGAGUUAGAAGAUAUUUCUAAUUUGAGUCCACGUAUUUUAACAAGUGUUAUUUUAUUACAUUUUGAUCAAUCAACUGUUACAUGGCGUGAUCAUAUUUUAGCUGCAUUUUCAAAUUCAUCAUCUUUAUCGUUGAUUGAUCAAGAUUUAUUAAAAAAUAUUUCACAAACAUGUAUUGAAUAUGCUAAUCGUAUCUAUACAAGUCAAGAAUAUGAAACAAUUAUUAGUAGUCAAAAUACGAAUCCUGAUCAAUUAGACAUUAGUUUUGAAUCAAAAAUAGCCAUGGUUGUUACUCUACUCAAGGGAUUUAUUAAAAAUGAAAGAUGUUCAAAAAUUGAUGUUCGUUCAAUAACAGAAUUUUGUCUAUUAUGGACAUUUGUUGUUAAUAUGGAUCAAUCAUGUCGUCCUGAAUUUGAUAAUUGGUGGAGAGUCACAUUUCGAAAUAUUCCAAAAGAAAAAUUAAUAACAGAUUGGUUAUAUGAUAUUGAUUCACAUCAAUUUAUUCUGUGGUCGGAUACAAUUCCCGCAUUUAAUCCACCAGCACAUCAAGGAAUACCUAUAAAUUUAUUUGUUCAUACACCGUACACAAUGGCAUUAUCUUAUUUGGUAAGUUCAUUAACUGAAUCCGAACGACCUGUAAUGGUUGUUGGAGAAACUGGUGUUGGUCGAACAUCAUUAGUAAGCGAUCGUUUGAAAGCAACAUGUGGUGGAGAUAUUAGUGAUGUAUUUUAUAUCACAGUGAAUUGCAAUGGCGUAACGGAUGCUGCACUGGUUUAUGAAAAAAUCAAUGAACAAUUGUCAUGGAAACACGGUUCAAAAUAUACAACAAAAGGAAAUAGAAAAAUGUACUGUUUUAUUGAUGAUCUUCAUCUUGCAAAGGUUGAUCGUAGUGGAAAACAAUCGUUAGUCGAAUUGUUACGUCAACAUCUUGAUUCUGGUGGUCUCUAUUCAUAUGACAAUUAUAAUUGGCAAGAAAUUGAUAAUAUUAUUUAUGUUGUCACAUUUAAUCCAUAUAAAAAUGUUUGUAAAUCAAAAUUGUCUCGUCGACUUUUAAAACAUUUUCACAUUUUAACUAUACCUGUAUUAGCCGAAGAUGAACUCAUUUCUAUUUUUGUCAAAUUAUUGAAUCGUCAUCUCAUUGGUGAUGUUGAAAAUAUUGAUACAGCCCCGGAUACGGAUCAAUCAGCUGCCAUACUACCGUUAGGUACUACUCGAAUUAAUACUGCCACUACUGUUGCCACAACAACGACUAGUUCAACAACGAACGAUGGUGCAUCUGCAACAUCAUCCAAUGUAAAUACAAAAGAUAAAUUGAGUACAUCAAUGAUAAAACGUUUAAAACGAUUAAAAUUAACUAUUGAACGAAUUGUAUGUGCAACAAUUGAUUUAAAUCAACGAAUGUCAAAAUAUUAUUUUGAAAAAUCAGAACGUUUACAUUAUAUAUUUUCAAUGAAACAAUUAACCAUUUUAUUUCGUCAUUUGUGUAUUAGUCUUACACCUGAAUGUAAAUUUGAUGAUCUAUUUUACAUCUGGCAUCAUGAAUGUGAUUGGUUAUAUGGCAAACGUUUAAUUGAUAAAAUUGACUAUGAAAGAUAUCGACAAUUAUAUGCAAUUAUCAUCAAAAAAUAUUUUCCAACUAUCAAUGAGCAACACGUACUAUUGAUGAACAACCAAUAUUUUAGUAAUUUACAAGUAACAGAAAGUGGAAUGGUUGUGGCGAAUUUGACACGUGAUAAUCAAAAUUAUUUGACAGAUAAUUAUGCUGUUGUUACAGAUUUUAAACGAGUUGAAACACUUGUACAUAAUGCAAUUAUCGAAUAUAAUAAAGAAAAACCAAAAAUAUCUUUUCCAUUAUAUGAGGUAAGUUUGCUUAUUUUCACUUGUUAAAAAAAUAUCUCAACGAACAAAACAUUGGAGAUCGCCAUUGACCUGUUCCAGUAACUAUUUCUAAAAUGCUCUGCUCUAUGAAGCAAAAAUUUAAUGCCCAUAUGUGGAUCGAACAAAAAGCUUACUAAGUGAUAUUAAAGCCACGUUUUCAAGAAGUUUUGUUAGCAUGAAAAACAUCAGUUUUCAUGACUGUUUUAAUGUCGAACACCAUAAAUUUUUGUUUCAAAUGCUCGAAAUGACGCACGAUUUUCGUAUGUGAGUUUUCUGAAUACUAACAAGACUGAAAUAAAAAACUUUUGUCAGAAAAAAUAGCUCGUAGUGCGAAGAUCAUUUCCUGAUACUUGAGAUAAAAAAUGUGCACAAAUGUUCGCAGCAUUACUCACUAUGUCUGGACUACUGUCCACUUUAAAAACUGGUGUAUGUGGACUAUUCUUCUGGAUGAACUGAGAUAGAGACGUACAUUUUUCGGUUCCUGCAAGUAGACAUCUGAGAACGUCGAUCUAUGGAAAAAUCAAUCUGACACUAGCACCUGUAGAUGUGUACUUUAUGAAUCUUCUUUGAGAUGAUCAUCUGAUCCUAACAUCACUUAAGAAUCUGCUAAAAACCUAUAUCAAGUAAAAUAAC